AUGAAGCUUUUGAAAGCGAUGCAGCGCCUGUUGGCGCAAACCACAGGACUGAUCAAUCUAGUCCAAGAAAUGACCAUGGGAAGAUUUUACGUGACUUAUUUCAUUUCAUUCAGUAUUGCAUUUAGCAUAAAUAUCAUUUUGAACAAUGUUGCGUAUAUGUACCUAAGCUUGCUCACUUGGACCAGUCAUCGUCCUGCUCUCCAGGUGCACUGCUGGUAUUUACAGACCCACCCCCUCGUUGCUUUUCACCGUGUGUACAAUUUGCCUCGGCAUCUUGAUUUCCUGCUAUGGGGAAGUCUGCCUGCGUGGGUUAGGUGUUUUGAUACAGUGUGGGGCACUUUUAUUCGAAGCCAUUCGCCUGCUUAUGAUGGAGCAACAGUUGUCCAACCAGAAACUUCGGUUUACACCUUUGCUUUUUCUGAACUAUCUAUCGCCAAUAUGCGCCGCCUUCUGCUGGGCUAUUGCACUUAUAACAGAACCAAAUGUCUUGACAAAUGUACAUAUUCGAGAAGCCAAUGGCUGAAUGCUACUCAUAAGAGCUCCUCCUUGAGCCUUGCUCUGUGUUGUGGUCCGAAGGCAAUGAUGACCAUUACCGCGUCUGUUUGGCAUUGGCAAGAGGCAAUUACUUCACUACAGACUGGAGGAUUUCUUCUUGCACUACUAGGGUUAUUUUUCUACGACACUGUUCAAAUAAUAAAAGUGUUAGAUUUAACCUGA